GGCGGUGAUAGCGAACUCGAUCGAGUUCACUAAAUCCUCAGCGUACUUCGAAGAAUCGAAGCAUCUUAUACAGUGCUUGGCUGAAAAUCUUGAGGGUAAUUUUUAGGUAUGAAAAUCGAAAGCGUCUUAGUAACAGGUGCCAACAGGGGCAUCGGUUUAGAAUUCGUGAGACAAUUGAGCCAAUUGAGCGAUCCGCCCUCUUUUAUCUUUGCCACUUACAGGAAUACCGAUAGUUUGCAGGAUCUGAAAGAAAUCGAAGAAUCCUCUAAAAAAUCCAAACUUAUUCUGAUUAAAAUGGAUGUUACCCGUCCAGAAGAAAUAGAAGUGGCUAAAAAACUGAUCGAGGAUACUGUAGGGGAACGAGGUCUUAAUUUACUGAUCAACAAUGCUGGAGUAGCUCAAGUGCAAAUGUUCCCCAAUGUCACGCCAGAGAACCUGGAGUUUCAUUUCAAAGUCAACACAGAAGGCCCUCUCCUGGUCCUGCAGGCAAUGCUACCCAGCUUAGAGAAAGCAGCCCAACUGAAGGGAGAAGGAGGCGCCAUGAGCGCGUCCAGAGCAGCUGUGCUCAACAUGACUUCGAUGGCCGGAAGCAUCACCAAUGCUGGAGUCGUGUUCACAGAAGACCUGGCCGUUCCAUCCUACAAAAUCAGCAAGGCGGCUCUCAACAUGGCCAUGAGAGUGGCAGCUGCUAAGGUGAAGGACAAAGGAGUUUUGAUCGUCAUGAUGUGCCCCGGCUGGGUGAAGACGGACAUGGGAGACAGGAGCAGAGCCAUCUUGGAACCGGAGGAGAGCAUAGCUGAUAUGUUAAAGACCCUGUCCACUCUGAACGAAUCCCAUCACGGCUCUUACAUGGACAGACUGGGAAAUCUCUAUCCAUUUUAGCGAUCGGGGAAUGAAGAACAUUUCCAAAAUGUGUGUGUUGUUCCGUCGAGUAAAUUAUAUUUGGAUGUGUAUAUUCCAUAGAAAUUUGCAAUAAAAAUGUGUGCGCUUUGAA